GAAGAACAAUGAUUUAAAGCUAAUUCCAAUGUCUAAAAUGUUGAUGGUGAUAAGAGAAACAGUCCUUCGUCACAUAUUAAUUAGAUCAUCCGUUACAACAACCUAAAAACAUAUGACCAACUUUCUGCCUGAACCAGAACGUCUCUGAUACAACAUGUCUGCUCUGAUGACGCAACUUUGGUGCACCCAAUUUGGAUCAACAUGCUUCACGUUUCUCUUGCUGGUCUUCAUAUCUACUUUCACUGGAUCCGAGUCGAGUGUCUCGGUAAUUUUCAAUGGAACUGCAAGAGAUCACCUGCUGUUGCCGAUUGAUUUACCCAGAAACACUACACACAUCUAUCUUGACCACAACCGCAUCGUUGCAAUCAGUAAGAUCGACUAUCCAAAACUAAUUUAUCUCAAUCUCUCUCACAACCACAUUACUACAAUCGAAACACUGGCAUUUGAACACACCAAACAACUGAAAACGCUUGAUUUAUCAUAUAACAAAAUCACCGGUACCAGUUUGACGGUGAAAACGUUCGAAAAAUUGGAGAGUCUGGAGCGUCUAAUUUUGAAGGGAAACCCUUUAUAUAUCAUUAAAAACAAUGUAUUUAUAGUGUCGUAUUUCUCGAGGUUGCAUUAUGAAAUCGAUUUUUCCUAUUGCCACAUUAGCGUAGUCGAACCCUCUGCUUUGGCAAACCUUGAUAAGUGCACCGUUUUGAACUUAUCUCAUAAUAAUAUCUCUAAACUUCACGCACUGUCUUUUGCAAAUAUUAUCCGCUUAAAAAAGCUUGAUUUAAGCCAUAAUUCUCUGACAGAGAUAUCGCCGUCACUGUUCUGUUUUGCACGUAUUAAUACACUGUUGUUGAACGGAAAUCACGUGACCAAACUACACUGUGCAUCGUUGAGUCGCAUACAUAAUUUAUACCAUUUGAAUUUGGCCGGUAACCACCUCCGAUCGCUGCCUUGUUCCAAUUUCGCCGGUCCAAAUUUGCGUUACCUGGAUCUCUCCAACAGCCAUUUAGAGAAACUGGAUGUUGAUUUCUUAUCGCCGGUUUUAAAAAAGAACCUCAGAACCUUACGACUCAACAACUGUCCAUUGUUACAAUACAUUACUGCAAAGAAGAGUGGUUUUACAGCGUUGCAAAGUCUCUAUUUAAAUAACAACCCAAAAUUACACCAUAUUGAUGCCUUGGCAUUUUCGCUUUCAAAUAAAUCACUAAAAUUAGCGUCUAUUAUUGACAUUGCGGCUAACAGACUGCCCAGGGAUAUGUUAAACUGGAGCCAAGUUUUACGUUUGUCAAUGACAAAUUUAACCUGUGAUUGCACUGCAUCUUGGAUGUUAAGUGCCAAUAUAUUCAACCAGAGAAAUGUUGUAUUACACAUGAGUGACCUCAUCAACUACAAUGAUUACACAAACAUCCCUUCACCUGAGAAGAAACCACUGUUUUGUAAGAAGAAACCAUUUUCCUGUCGAUUCUGCCACAAGAAUUUUCAAACUGAAUCCAUUUUGGCCGUCCAUGCUGAGAAAGCUCACCACAGCAUUAUGAGGAAGGAGCGGAAAGACAGAGAACGACUGGGUAUGGCCACAGCUUUUGGCUAUCCUUGCAAAGUGUGUCAACGACUUUUUGCUUCAGCUGCUGACCGGGGUGCACAUGAGAGAACAGCUCACACUGCCAGAGGCUUUUCUGGUGGUGGCCACCACACCGACAGCAAUGAUGAAGAUGAUAUUAUGUCCACAAUCACUUCUGCUGCUUCUACCACUGCUACUAAUAAUACAGCCGCUACCACUAGUUCUACUACUAGGAAUCCAUCAUCAUCAAAUCUUCCCCAGUUGUCUAACCGCAACAAUACAAAUGCCAACAGGCCAUUUGCAUGCGAUGUGUGUGCACGCACCUUUGUCCGGCUGUCACACCUGACUUCACAUGCUCAGAUUCACUCAGCCGAGAAGCUAUUCAAGUGUUCUGAGUGUGGCAAAUCGUUCCUACGAGCAGCCAGCCUUACUGAACACAUAGUAUCGCAUACAAAGUCUCCAGCACAGAAUGAGGUGGAAAAGUACUAUACUUGUGAUGUAUGCAACAAAACUUUCCUCAAACAGUCAGUGCUAUUGAUGCACAAGAAAAUACAUGAGACUACUCCAAUGCCACUCGCUGAUAAACCACGCUCGUAUGAGUGUGAGGUAUGUCAUAGAAAGUUUGCAUAUCUCUACUCACUCACUGCUCACCAAGUCAUACAUAACCCCCUCAAAAAGGCCUACACUUGUACCACUUGUAAAAGAUCUUUUCAGAACAUGGUGGCACUGUCCAGCCAUGUCAAAGGUCAACACAUGAAAAUGACUUGACCUAAUCCGAACUGACCAUGUCAAAUGUCGACAUGCCAUGUUCUAAAUGUGCCGAAGCUGAUGUAUUUUAAAUAGCCAGCAUAUAAAAUUUGUCAUGAUGUAGUAUGACUUGACCUUAAUGCGUCAAGAGUCAACAUGCGAAAGUACAAUCUGAACUUAAACUUUUCAUAGGUCGUUUUAUGGAAAUUGACCUGACUCAAGCUAACCUGAAUGUGACAAAGGGCAAGGGGUCAACAUAUGAAAUCACAACACCUUACUCAAACAUGUUACAGGUCCAUCACACAAAAGGAAAAGAAAACAGAAACUCUGGUCUGAUAUGUUAUAGCUAACCUUAAAAUUGGGCAUGUCAAAGGUCAUCAUGUCCAUGACCUGAACUACAAAUGGAAACUUUUCUAUAUUUUGUUUAGUAUUGCUUCUUACAACUGUUAUAUUUCUAUAUCCAUAUUACUCCACCCAACUACUUACACAUGCAUACAAACACACAUUCUUUUAUAUAAAUAAUACCUACAUACGUGCACACAUGUCCUCACACAAAUAUACACACACAAUCCCAUUUCCCUAUAUAUGUUAGUAAAAUAAAACUUGACACUAA